CCUAGAUCGUAAAAUCAUGGGAGAUAUAGAUUCAACCAGUUGCAGGCCGAACUACAGUGAAUUAAAGAUGGAUAAUGAAACGAUUGCUCGUGACGCAAAUGGAACAGAAACGCGAGACAGUGAUGGGAUUGAAAAGAUGGAAAUACACGAAGCUCCAGAUGGUGGCAGCGGUGGGAUCAGUGAGAAUUCAGCUCAUUGGGGCACCAAGCGAAUCUUCAAGAACCUCCUGGUCAUCUGCCUGUGCUUCAUGUGCCUAUUCACGGCCUUCCAAGCUCUCUCUAACCUCCAGAGCAGCAUCAACUGUGAUGCCGGUCUCGGAUUGGCCUCUUUGAGCACAAUCUACGCAACCCUGGUCGUAUCCGCUAUUUUCAUUCCCUCAAUCACUAUCCGGUACUUGGGUAUGAAAUGGACGAUAGCAGCUGCCACGCUCUGCUAUGCAGUCUACAUAGCUGCUAAUUUCUACCCAUCAUGGGCGACCCUGAUCCCUACGUCCGCGCUGCUGGGUCUUUCAGCCGCUCCACUGUGGGCUGCAAAGAGCACCUACGUCACGACUAUCGGAAAAAGGUACGCCUUGAUUUCAGGGAACACAGAGAACGCCAUCAUCAACAGGUUCUUUGGUAUCUUCUUCCUCUUCUUCCAGUCCAGUCAAGUAUUGGGAAACUUAAUAUCUUCAUUGGUCUUACGACAGGAUACUAGCGAAGACGUCACUGGAGAAUUCGUCUGUGGUGCCAAUGACUGCCCAGCCGCACCAGAUGAAAACGUUACGAGUUACUGCAACCCACCAGAUAAGAGUGUCACAAACACCCUUAUUGGUAUCUAUCUUGGAAGUGGUCUGGCAGCUGGGCUCAUCGUGUCAAUCUUUCUAGAUAGACUUCAAACCAGCCGGAGAACGCAGACAGAGAACCCAGGCCAGCUUUUUCUGGCCACUCUGCGUCUGUUAAAAGACUACAGAAUGAUUCUCCUAGUCCCUUUGACGAUUUACAGUGGGCUGGAGCAGGGGUUUAUCACGGGCGAUUUCACAAGGUCUUAUGUGACGUGCACCGUGGGUGUUAGCUGGGUUGGUUACGUCAUGAUUUGUUACGGUGUAACGGACGCUCUCUGCUCAUUCUUUGCCGGGCGAUUGGUCAAACACAUUGGUCGGGUACCACUCUUCACCUUCGGUGCCGUCAUGCAAAUGACGUUGAUAUUUACCCUCAUCUUCUGGGUGCCGAACAAGGACCAACUAGCUGUGUUGUUUGUAAUCGCAGCGUGUUGGGGUAUGGCUGAUGCCGUGUGGCAAACGCAAAUUAAUGCGCUGUAUGGUAUACUUUUCACCGACAAGCAAGAGGCUGCUUUCUCCAACUACCGUCUGUGGGAAAGUGUCGGAUUUACAGUCUCUUUCGCCUACAGUAACUACCUGUGUGUGUGGAUCAAACUGGCCAUUCUCGCCACUGUCCUGGUCUUCGGAAUCGGCUUCUAUUAUAUCAUCGAAAUGAAGGCAUAUUUGGCGAGAAAAAGAGCGGAGAAAACAAAAACUGCUUCUGUCAAGAAAGCUCAGACAGAUUUGUCAUAGUUGUCUUUUUCUCUGUGGGGUUUGGGAUGCCCAAAACACGGACAUUGUUUUGUGGUAUCAUGUUGACGGUAUUGGUAAAAAAAUAUGCCAUCCUGUUUUUUUCGCUUAAUAAUCGAUGUAACUACAGUA